CUCCUGCUCGCACAGAAUCAAACGGCGAUCACACUCUCUUAUGUAAAGCGAAGACGACAAGAGCUCGCUCGGUAUACCGUUAGAUUCUCAUAUCUCAUAUGAAACGUUAACGUUAACAAAAAGAAAAGAAAAACUAGAAAAAGCAAAGAAUCCAUUCAAACCUUUUUCUUUAUUAUUUCCGUUCUUUUCUCUACAAAUCCAAAUCCAAUCCGCCGCGUUAAAAACAAAAUACCAAACAUUGGUUAGUGACAUAACAAAUCUAUAAAAUAUAAAAGUGAAGGCUUGAGCAGUAAAUGAUAGAAUGUUAGUGUUGUUUUUGAAACUCAAACUCAAGUAACCCAAUAAGAGAAAAAUAAAAUCAAAGCAAUUAUGUCAAAAAGAAGUUGUGUAAAAUCAAAAAUUUAGCUUAUGAAUUAAAGCAAAGAGGAUAAAGGAACCUGUAAACGGGAUAAACAAAAUAAUUACCCCCUUCCCCUGAAAUAAGUCUUACCUUCCUUUAAAAUAGUAAUAGGAUACCAACCUAUUAUCUGUCACUCAUAAAUGGCGACAAGUGCUGUCACAAUUACGGCGGUCUACGGAUCGAACGGCCAGUCACUACCACUGACGGGUAACAGUCUUGGGCCAGGAUAUUCGGCGACCGUGAAGCAAGAACGCCACGAUGAGGCUGAAAUUCAGGAACUCGCAGCAAAGAUGCUGGAAACACAAAAAGCAGCAAUGGCCAAGCAGCAGCAACAGACGGCCCAGAUGCAGAACCGCGGCAUGCCAGGCACACAACAGCCUGCCAUGUCCAAUGGUCAGGCGAACAUUCUCAAUUAUCUGACACGGACAAAAGGUGCAACACCAACACCAACCACCAAUGGCCAGUCGAAUGGCAAUGGCAAUAAUGGAAGCAAAACAAAUGGAGUAGCGACGGCAGCGUCUGACAGUGAAAAAAAGCCAUGCGACGAGGAAUCCCAGAAGGGCCAUUUCGGUUGGUCGACCUUCGGCAAAACAUACAUCCCGUACAUCUAUCGACAGACUGAAAAAUAUUGUGCCGUACGUAUGGUGGAGUUCAAGUUGCUGGGCAAGUACUUGAAUUGCCUUCAUCCGGACAUCUACAGCAGUUGUACUUGUGUCCGGAGUUAUUACAUCACCGAGGCGGAGAGCCGCCUCUUCAACGAGAUAAACCACAAACACUGCGACGCGGAAUUCGGUCGUGAUUUAUUUACUCUCAAAGAUUUGGUAGUUCGAUUGAGUGACGCUACCAAGUUCUUCCAGUUCCUUGACAUUUGCUAUCGGAAGUUGAUCUCCGGCAGCAAAACGCCGUCUGAAAAGUGCGGUUUCAUUCGUAUCAACAAAGAAUCGGUUGUUCCGUAUACGGUGAGAAACAACGAACAAGUUGUUCCACUAUUUUAUUUCGAGGGCGAAACUGAGAACCUCAAACAAAAGGCUGAUUAUCUGUCCGGUUGGGAUUUGGCAUAUUUGAAAUUCUGCUGCAAAGUGCAGGGCAUUCGGAAUGAGCUAUUCUCCAGCGAAUCGGUGGCUGUGAUAAGUUUAACUGAUAUCAAAAGUUACUUCCCUAAUGGAACGGAAUUCGAGGAUUACUGGCCGAGCAAGGUGGUUGACUCGAAUCUGCUAUUGGGUCCGCAGAGGGCUGGUCCAAAUAAUGCAGUGAAUUGGACUCGCCAGCCCACAGCACCCCCGCCUAAAAUCAAUCCCCCUGCGGCAGCAAGCAAACAGUCGCAGCAACAGCAGCAGCAACAACAACAGCAACAGCAGUCACAACAAAUGGCUGCUAAAAGGGGAGCUGCGUACCAGAUGGCGGCAAAUUCAGCAGCAACGGCGCAAAGGUUACAUGCUGCAACUUUGGCGGCAGCUUCUCAAGCGACAGUUCAGGCACUCAAUGGCGCGUGGAUGGCACAACCUCAAAACAGUCUUUCGAUGAUACAAGCACAAAUGUUGGCUUCACAGGCUCAGCAAAAUCAUCCCGCUGUAAGGCCAAAUUAUCGAGGUCCAGCCGAGAACCUAAUGCGUCAACAGUAUACAUACAAUAAUGGAUCAAUAUCAAUGCAACCAGUGAAUAGCCAUGGGCAGAGCCAGGGCAAUGCUCCACCACCCCUAGUUCGAGCUGGAGGACAAAAUCAAUCCCACCAAAUGUCGAAUUGUACUAGUGUCGAGCAAACAAUGCAGCAACAACGUGCCAAUAUCAUUAAUCACCCAUCACUUGCAAUACGUUUACAACAUCCCACAACCCACCCACCUCCUUAUCCACAAUCGCCUACAUCUUCUGCAGUGUCGUCUGCUUCGAUGGCCCUGCAGCAGCAGUCGGCUGAUGUUCCCAACAUCCACUCUCCCUAUCAAAUUCCCGAUCCAAAGAACGCAAUUGGAUCUUCUCCACAACAAUCGCCAAACUAUAACGCUACAAUUGCUCCAGAUUUUCAAAAUUUAGCAAUCUGGAAUCAGUUGAAUGACGCUCAAAAACAUCUCCUUACAAAUCAGUUGAAAGUAAAUCAAACCAACAAUAACAAUUCUUCGCUGUGUGCGAACAAAAAUCAGAAGCAAAGCAAUUUUUCAAAGCCUUCCAUUCCACCAUUGAUUCCAAUGGCAGCAUUAGAUAGUAACAGGCAAGCAGGCGCUGCUGUAAAGAAGUCUGCCGAUACUAUUGCGGAUUUAGAACGAAAGUUCAAAAUGACUGAUGAAAUGAAGGCCGUCGUUCAGAAAGUCUUGGCAAAUCCCGAUUUGUCGACAUUCAUUCAAACGAAUAGUUCAAACACUUUUGUGCCUUUUAUCUCACCACCCAUAUCGCCGGCGACUAAUCAGCCUUCGAUUAAUAACAAUGCCCAACAUCACAACCUGCCAAAUUUACAGAAUUAUUCAGUAACUAUAGUUCCCAGUCCCAAUCCUAAUCCUGUUUCUGUUCCUUCCUUCUCACAACAACAACAACAGACUCAUAGACAAUUAAACACAUCUUCGGGUGUGGCACCGCGUCAAAAGAGCGUGAUUUGUUCGACCAGUACUAUUCCAUCCUGCACAACCACCCCGUCUCCAUCUCCAACACGAACUCCAAACAACAAUUCUGCCAUGGAAGUAAUUGAUUUGUCUUCCACUCGAAGGUCGUCGUUGCAAGCUGCCACCGCAUAUCUUCAACAACAGCAGCAAGUGGCUGCCCAGCAACAUCACCAGCGCACCCAGCAACAACAGCAAGCUCAGCAGCAACAGCAAAACGGAAGAUCCAGUCAAGCAAAUGGAGGAGGUGGCAAUUCGGCAACAAUGCACCUGCAGAGGCAUGCAGCCGCUGUGCAACAAGGAGCUGUCGUCGGCAUUGAUCCGUCAAACAGGCUGCAUAUAAUUCCUGAAAUAGCAUCAGGAAAUGUACACAUCCCACCCUACAAGGUCCAAAAGGUCUAUGUUGACAAUCAGACAGUUCCUUGCAUCAAUAUGCAAGCCUACACAGACUCGGAUCAGCUCAUGACUCUCACAGACUUCCGAGAGGCAUUCUUUCCAAACGUGCCCCUCGAACAUUGCAAGCGCCUAAUCGAAGCCUUAGGUGUCGAGCUUUACAAGGGAAAUAGACGACAAAUUCAAGUACUUCUCGAAUCAGGACGAUCACAAUCGGAGAACAUUCCAUUGGUUAAAGUGCGCGAUGUCAAGAGAUAUAUGCCCCAACUGACGUUCAUGAUUCGAAAUCAAGAGCAACCACAGUCGAAAAGGCCUCGAGUAAGCUAGGAAACGGGGUGGGGAGCACAACAUACACAUUCAAACUACCACCACCCUACCAUGGAUAUGUUGUACUCCCAGAGCCAGUCAGUAUCUGCAUCUAAACCAUCCUCCAUAUCCGCUGUAUCUGAAGCAACAGCUGCUUCCGUCGCUGCCGUCGCCGCCAUGGCUCCAUACAACGGCUCGACCAUGUUAAGUCCCCCGCUAAGCACCACAUGUACCAAUCCGUUCAGCUCCUUCGAUUGGCUAUCAGCAGUUACACCGCCUACGGUCGAUAGUAGCUCUGGCAGUGGAGGUAGCCUAGCUGAACAAAGAGCCGCCGCAGCAGCUGCAGCCGCUGCGGCCGCCUACAAUUCCUGUAGAUUUGGUCAACAUCCGGCAGCUGCGGCCACCGAUUUUCUAUCCAUGUUUAGCAGCACCUGUGGAGCAGCAGCAGCAGCUGGUGGUUCUGCCACCAGUGGUUUUAAUGCAGAAACGACUCCAAUGGCAUCGUCAUCUCAUCACCAGCACCGUCAAAACCCCGUAAGUCAUCAUCAUCAUCGUCACGCGUCUAGGAACCAUACACCUGGUGCCCCUGACUCCUCAACGAUUUCCUCGGCGAUUGUGUCCUCAUCGUCGUCGUCGUCUUCAUCAUCAUCGCUCUCACUAACUCCAGUUUCCAUGACCACUUCUCCGGCUGUUCCGUCGCCUCACAAAGUCAACGGAGUCGCGCUAUUCAAUCCGCCCGGAUAUCAUCUCCAGGCACCAGGUCAUGGUUUGCCAUCGCCCACAAUUUACCCGCCAACACCCCCGCCAUCGGCACCAUGGAUCCAUCCAUGGUACACUGGUGACACAUUUUGAAAAUUAACUUCGAAUACAUUAAGAUCUUCUCUCAUUCUCGUUGUUAUUAAAAUCUUAGGCUAAAUGAGAUAAACUGUAGCGCAUGUAAUCAAAAUAUUUUCUUUCCAAAACAUACAUUUUGUUUUUAAGGAAAGGAGGUUAUUUAAAUUCUCGCAUCUUCAAAUAAUAGCACAUCUCAUUUAAGAUGCGUUUAAUUUAGUGUCAACACUAAAAAGAUAGUGUAAAGCUUAAUUACUUAUGAU